UCUUUCUGGCCUCCGGGUUUGAGAGCUGGGGACCGUGGGUUGGUGGGGUGAGAAGGCUUGGGGGGGGAGCUGGCUCCUUCCUCCGGGACAGCUGGGCCUGCUGGGGGUGCAGGGCGCCUUGUGUGUAGCCCCCAGAACAGUGAGUUCCUUCUCGGGGGGAAGGGAGCCGCGGGCUGCGGGCAGGAGGAUGGAAUCUGCACCGCCCCGGCUGCCGCGUGCGUCCCGGGGAGGGAGCCGGCCGCGGCGAGGGGCACAGCCGCAGCAUCUCGCCGCACGGGCCACCGCGCCUCCCUCGCCCGCCGGGUCCCUUAAAGAAUCUCGUUGGCAGGAGACGAUCUGGAGCUUGGUCUCGCAGUGCACCGCAACCUGUGCUCCCUGCCAACGGUUCUUAAAGCUUCAGGCGGUGCUUUUUCCUUGGAAGACUUUGUAAUCCAAAGCACGGCCCCACCUCACCAUCUCUUUCCCCUAGGACAAUGAAAACAGCCCUUCUCUGGGGAGCGACAUGUUAAGGACAGCCUUUUAAUACUAGUUAGGCCCUGAGUUUGCUACCGUUUUCCUGAGCCGGUGUUCCUUGGGGCCCCUCUACUACCAAAACUAAUAAUUAAUUAGCCAGGAAAAUGGUGGCACGGUUAUCUGUUACCCAGACUUGCUUUCUUUGUAAAGAGUUCGGUAGAAAUUUGUAACUCGGAUAGCAAAACAUAUUUGAACAACUUUCCCUCUUUUUUUUUUUUUUGCAUUCAGGUUUACAGCUUUGUUUCCACUUAAAUACCGGGGAUAUUUGUAAUUUAGACUAGUUUCACCUUUUCUUAUAGCACAUCCCUAAUUGCUGAGAGUGCUUAUAGGGAAUGCCAACUCUCUUUGGUUUAAGAUCUGGGGAUGUGAAUCUUUUCUAAAAAUCCAGUCAAAAUAUUCCAAAAAAAGGUCCUGAUCAUUUGCAGUAUGCCCAGCCCUACUUUCUGGUCUAGAUAAUAGAUACGAGUGUGAAAGCCAGUGUCCAAACAGGCUUGGGACUGAACCCGCCCUCCUACCUUCUGGUUGUGUUACCUUGGAAAGUUUCUUAAUGUCUUUUUUGUCCUAUGACAAAACUAUAACAUGCUGGUAAUUGUUUAUACACCUGCAAGGGCUAUUGUGAAAAUUAAAUUAGAAAUGUUACGUGUAUUUCAUUCACUGCCUGGCACAUAAUAGACAGUAAUAGAGUGGAAGUUAUAAGUACACCAGUUUUGGUUGGUUUUCCAUAUGCAUGCCUCUGUAUAUCCUUUUGGGCACUCAUUUUUCCUGAAUUAUGCUGUUCUUUAUAACCUGAAAUGGAUGCCAAGUCCAUAUGUCACUGCCUUCCAGCGAUAGAUUACAUUUUCCAGUCCCUUAAGGAUUUCUGAUCCCUAAUCUGGCUGUGAUCAUUGUGAUGGAGCAAGAGCAAAAACUGUUAGUCUCAGAUUCUAAUGGCUUCAUGGAGAGGGAGAGCUUGAAAAGCCCUUUUACAGGAGAUGAAAGUGAGAAUAAUUUGGAAACUGUUCAACACAAUAACUCUAAGGCAGAUACACUUAAAGAGCGAGCCUCAAAAUGGUCUAAAAGAGAUGGCCCACAAAAUUGUAAGCAUGUGGAUACAAAAGAAACACCAUUGACAUGGUCCCAAGGAGAUGACAUUUGGUGUGGUGAUUCCUAUGAGAAUGAUGGCAGAUCAGAGAAUCAGGGAAAUUCUACAGGAAAAGAGGAGGAAAAACCAAGUCCCCAGGGAUGGGACCCUGGAGAACACACCAGUGCCUCUGUCCAGCAGAAUUCAUCCUUUGGAGACAAACCCUACAAAUGUUCCGAAUGUUGGAAAAGCUUCAAUAAUAGUUCUCAUUUGCGUACUCACCAGAGGACCCACUCAGGAGAGAAACCUUAUAAAUGCUCUGAGUGUGGGAAAUGCUUUAGUAACAGCUCUCACCUGAUUCAGCAUCUGAGAACACACACGGGAGAGAAGCCCUACCAGUGUGGUGAAUGUGGGAAAAGCUUCAGCAAUACCUCUCAUCUUAUUAUCCAUGAGAGAACUCACACGGGAGAGAAACCCUAUAAAUGUCCUGAGUGUGGGAAGAGUUUCAGUAGCAGCUCUCAUCUUAUUCAGCAUCACAGAUCCCAUACAGGUGAAAAACCAUAUGAAUGUCCUGUCUGUGGGAAAUGCUUCAGCCACAGUUAUGUCCUAAUAGAACAUCAGAGGACUCACACCGGAGAAAAACCUUAUAAGUGCCCCGAUUGUGGAAAGAGUUUUAGUCAGAGUUCUAGCCUGAUUCGCCACCAGCGGACACAUACGGGUGAGAAGCCCUAUAGAUGUCUUGAGUGUGGAAAAAGCUUUGGUUGUAAUUCUACUCUGAUAAAGCAUCAGAGAAUACAUACAGGAGAAAAGCCCUAUCAGUGUACAGAAUGUGGGAAGAACUUCAGUCGAAGUUCAAACCUUAUCACACACCAGAAAACACACACAGGAGAGAAAUCCUAUGAAAGUUCUGAAUAUGAGGAAAGUUUGAGUCAGAACUGCAGUGUGAUAGAAGAAUGCAGAAUCCAGCCAGGAGAGAAACCAUAUAAAUGUUGUGAAUGUGGAAAGAGUUUUGGCCUCAGCUCCCAUCUCAUUAGACAUCAGAGAACACAUACAGGAGAAAAACCUUACAGAUGUUCUGAGUGUUGGAAAACUUUUAGUCAGAGUUCCACCCUGGUGAUUCACCAAAGGACACACACAGGAGAGAAACCUUAUAAAUGUCCUGAUUGUGGUGAGUGCUUCAGCCAAAGCUUUAACCUUAUCAGGCACCGGAGGACCCAUAUAGGAGAAAAACCUUACAAAUGCACUGACUGUGAGAAAUGCUUCAGCAGAAGUGCCUACCUCAGUCAGCAUCGGAAAACUCACAUAGAAAGGUCUUUUGAGUCUCCUGGAGUUGAAGAUUUUCCUCAUCGGAAAACUCACAUAGAAAGGUCUUUUGAGUCUCCUGGAGUUGAAGAUUUUCCUCAUGGAUGGACUUGGAAAACCUGUUCAGGGGAAAUGGCCCUCAUCUCUUCAUUUUCAGUCCCCAAUUCAUCUUCCUCUUGAGUCCCAAAGCUUGUCUUUUUUUCGUUUCUUAUUGGACCAUUACAAUUAAAGUGUUCUCUGAUCAUGGUGCUACAAA